CUAAUAGUCCUCCACCAAAACCUUGGGAGCGAGCAGGUGCCUCAUCUGGCCCUGCACCUUUUAAACCCCCAUCAGCUGGCAGCACGAGUGAUGUAGUUGAGGCAUCAGGAACUGCAAAACCUGGAGAAAUAGUUUCUACUUCUAAUAAUAAUGCGACUAUUAACCGGAAUGCCCUUAGUAGACCUGUUCCCACAAGGCCUUGGGAACAGAAUAAUGGGAAUAGCAACUAUGGAGGUUAUGGCUCUAAUCUGGGCUACAACUCUGGCUAUGCUUCUGGAACGUAUGGUUCAUAUGGUGGUGUUGGGGGUUCAUAUGGGGGUGUUGGGGGUUCAUAUGGUGGUGUUGGGGGUUCAUAUGGGGGUGUUGGGGGAUUGUAUGGUGGAGGGAUGUACGGUAACAGCAUGUAUAGGGGAGGAGGUUAUGGUGGGGCUUAUGGAUCUUCUGGCAUGUAUGGUGGUGGAAUGUAUAAUGGUGGUUUGGGAGGCUCUAUGGGUGGUUAUGGAAUGGGUAUGGGUGGUCCUUAUGGAGCUCAAGAUCCAAAUGAUCCAUAUGGUGCUCCUCCAUCUCCUCCAGGGUUUUGGAUUUCAGCUCUUCGUGUGAUGCAGGGCGUGGUAAACUUUUUUGGUAGGAUAUCGAUUCUUAUAGACCAGAACACACAGGCCUUCCAUUUGUUCAUGACUGCAAUGCUUCAGCUUUUUGAUCGCUCUGGUGUAUUAUAUGGAGAAUUAGCUAGAUUUGUGUUGAGGAUUCUGGGCAUUAGAACAAAGCCGAAGAAGCUUCACCCAUCAGGCCCUAAUGGACUUCCACUUCCUGGACCUCACAAUCCCCAUGUAAAUCAGAACUAUAUUGUGGAAGCCAAGGCUGCUCCAAGUGGUUCUUGGGACAAUGUUUGGGAAACUGAUGCUGGCAAGUGAUCCAAUAUUAAUUAUGCUUUUGCUUGCAUCGAGUGGACUUUGCUAAAAGAGUAAAGUUUGAAGGAAAAAAAAUCUCUCUCUCUCUCUACACCAAUAUGAACUGGAUAUUAUGAUUUACAGUGUGAAAUUAGUCAAUCUAUGUAACUCCGUGCUGAGAUUGGUUUGUGCUUUAAUUGGAUAAACAGCCUGUUCAAACUAGUGAGACAGGAGCUCGGCUAUGUAUCAUUUGAUGAUAUGAAUGAAAUGUUGGCAAUAAGUUAUGUGA